GUCCAUGAUUUUAAUCGCGAAAAUUCGCAAAAAUCAAUAGGUUGUUGUAAAAUUGUGAAUGACGCUAAAUCUCUCCUUGACUUUUGCGUUCACAAUUUUGUACGCCGAGGAAGAUGCUUACAAUUACAACUCAAAUUGCUUCGGUGAUUCGUCGCUUUAGUGGCAAAAUGUCGCUGCCAGUUGUAAUCUUUGUUCUCGGUGGACCAGGGGCUGGAAAGGGAACGCAGUGCGAGAAGAUAGUAAAGGAAUUUGGGUUUGUUCAUCUUUCAGCAGGUGAAUUGUUAAGAGAAGAACAGAAAAGUGGGUCUGAAAAUGGUGAUUUAAUUGAUUCUUAUAUUCGUGAUGGAAAAAUUGUCCCUGUUGAGAUUACAGUUGGAUUGCUAGACAAGGCAAUGCAAAAGAAUUCAACCAAAAGAUUUUUAGUGGAUGGCUUCCCAAGGAAUGAAAACAACUUACAAGGCUGGACAAGAAUCAUGUCUGAAAAAGUAGACCUCAAGGCCGUUUUAUUUUUUGAUUGCCCUGAGGAGAUUUGUGUCAAAAGGAUUAUGCAAAGAUCAAUAUCAAGUGGAAGGUCAGAUGAUAAUGAAGAGAGUUUGAGAAAAAGAUUUCAGACAUAUUAUAACCAAACAAUGCCAAUAAUAGAUCAUUAUAGUAGAGAAGGAUUGGUUAAAAGAAUUAGUGCUGUAUUACCACCAGAUGAGGUUUUUGAAGAGGUUAAAAUUGUUAUGUCAAAAUUGUUUUAGUUAUAUUCACCUUAAUAGAGCAAUAUUUAGCCACCUACAUAAAGCAGGUUAAGAUUGAGAUCAUAUUUGGGGGCAUCCAGAAAGUAGCAAUGCUAAUGGGUCCUGUACUCCCUAGACAACCCCCCCAACCUGCACAGGCUGCUUUAUCCAUAUCUUUCUCUCAGUGCUUUCUAUUCUACAAAAGCAAAGAGGAACAGAGGCAAUAAGACUCUGCAACCUCUUAACUGGAACAUGGAUGAUAUUCAACACAUAUGCUAUUUUCAAACAAGGAAAAAUAUAAAGGUUCUUCAAUUGUUAAAAAACCAACCUACAAAGAUAUUUAAUAAACAAUAUUGAGGACUCCAGGCUGGUGUUAUUUUUAUUAAUGAUAUAAAAAUACUUUUUAAAUUUAACCUUGACUUACACCUAUCCCUUUGUUAAAUUUUGUGAAAUCCAAAUUUCCCUCUCUGAGCAUACUUGCUUUAUGGAUGCACCCUUUUGAGAAGAGAUCUAGAUAUUUUAGUACCGAUGGUAGAUGAUAGCUACCCAGUAGCCAGGCUAUUGUGACAUAUCUUGCUUGCAUUUUGCAAAGUACAUUUUAGUAGAAACAAUUCUGUAAAUACAGAUGAACAAGGAAAUUAGCAUUCUAAUUGUGAUUUUCUUUUUUUGCUAUCAGGCAGCUGCUGCUCCCCAUCUUCCAUUCUCUUUGCUAAUGCCAAAUCAUUAUACAAUUUAACCAGUACCAAAGUAUUUUGCUGUUAGAGUGUUCCUUCAUUCAUUAAUACCAUUGGAUUUUGUCAAACACAACUUUUUUCAUUGGGCUAUGAAUCUGUUGACUUAUUUUCUUGAAAAAUUUAACAUAGCUAGAUUAAGCAAAGGCAAACUCUUACAUACCUGAAAGCUGGCAGUGAUGGUUGAUUUGCUGAAGCUACUAGGUCAGUUAUUUUCUAUGGCUACUUUCAAAGCUACCCUACCUAGCUUCAAGUAACCGAAUAUAAAAUUUUCCAAAUGCCCAUAAAACAGUUUUUAAGUUCAACAUGACUGUGGCUAGGUUAUAUACUUUAAUUGACUGCAUUCAGAAAACCUUUUCAAUUUAAUAGCAAAAACAUUCAGUGUAUUGGGCUGUGUUUGUCUGAUACAAGUUUAGUUAGUGGCAGAUUUAAGUAGAGAAAAACUGAUAUAUUAUCUCCCGUAUUGAGAGAUUUAACUAAAUGAAGUAUAUCAAAGUUAAAUGGGUAUUUCUAUAUUUUAAUUGGUAAGUGUAUUGGAAUUAUAUAGUAGUUGGCAAAUAUUGAUAUCUUUUCAAAGAACUCUAUUAAAUUUUCAAAGUGCUCAC